UGCUGUGUGGAAAUGGGAUGAUCGGGGCGAAACCCCGUGUGUCGCAUGAAGCCACCACAUACACACAUACACAGACACACACACCGAGCCGUCUGCACAACUGAGGGCCAUACCGCAAGUUCCCGAAGGAAAUUCUCCAGUGGGUAAUCACACAUGUCUCGGCCUACCCUUGUCAUCAGUUGCCGAGCCGAAGCCGGUUUGGGGGGCAGCUUCUGUGACAGUAGCUCCAACAGCUGUACAGUAGUCUGUGAUGGAAACUGUAAGCUGCGUCGCCGGCAAAGGGCCCCAAAAGGCAAUCCAUAUAAUCCCGCUCGGCGUGCUGCUGCUGCUGGUGCUGCUGCUGGUGCCGGUGCUGCUCCUGUCCGGUCAGUACUGCUGCAGUUCUUCGGAGGACGCGCGCGCGCGCAAUGGACGGACGGAAACUCCACCCGAACGGACCCCUCUGAGAUCCGUCACUUGAUAAUAUCCGAGCCGUUUUGGGGCGAGGGAAAAAUCGCCGUGGUCUGUAUAAGAGCGCGAGAUAGACUUUGUACCUAUCGAGAUUUCGCGAUGGACUGUUCCGUUCAUCUCUCAACGCGUCGGCGGGAAAUCACGACGCGCGAGACAAACGGGACAAGAAGUUGAUCAGACGCCCGAAUGCCGAGGGAGGUCUUUCGUGACUCGCGUGUGUCGGUGUGUCUGUGUACUGGAGAAUGACGAUGUGCACGCGCUUCCCCAGUCGCAAUCAAUCGUCCAUCAUCAAACAAUCGGAGACAGGGAGAUGGCGUGAUGUGAUUUAUUAUAUGAUUAUUACACCAGCAGAUCAUAGAGGGUUGCAGAUCGGCCCGCAUUUGGCUUUUCUUUCCGCAUCUACAUACGUUGUCCUCCGACAGGCCCAUUGCUGAUUUAUUACUGGAGUUCUCACCUCGGUUAGUGGUGUUGCUGCUGUUUCGGAACC